AUGUUCCUUUUCUCUUUAGUGUUCUAUUUUGGUUUCGAUCACUACUAUGAUGGGGAGAUUGACGAUGGCAACAACGGAGGGCCACAUCAGGGUAUAAGAAGGAGAGUGAUGAUUAUUCUGUUUAAGCUGUGGAUUUGUUUGUCCAGUUUAAGCCUGGUUUCUGCUACCGGAAGCACCUUCUUCUUGUUAGAAGCCACCGCACUCGUUGCUCGCCAAGACAAUCUAUUUUCUGUUCUCAUACUCGCUAAUCUGGUGAAGUGUGUGGAGAUCAUGGCCUCAGAAUUGUCCAGAUGGGGAGUCACCUAUCUGAAUCAGAAGCUGAGAUUCAGAAUCUCGUAUAUGGAGCUGAUGAGAAUCGGCAUGGGGAUAGGGUUCUGCUUUGUGUGCUGCACCUUUGCUAUCUUCACCGCGACAAAUAGGAUGUACGGUGGCGGUGCGAUGAGCAUGUAUGGGCUAAUUCUGCAGUUCUUUUUCCUGGGACUCAUGCGGGGAUUCGCGAAAGAUGGGUUUCAAUCGGUGUUUGAAUCGAUUGUUCAUCCUCGAUAUAAGAUAUACGGGCGGUGUUUGGGAGUACUUACAAGGGGAUGUGGAAGCUUACUGAGCCUACUUUAUAUUUACAUCUUCGGUUUCAAGCGAUUCCACUUGUUUCAAUAUGACCUAGAAAAUAGUAAACUCAUCUACUACUAUAUUAUUCUGAUAUUGUUCAGUGUCUUCUGUGGUGUCUUGUACGUGGUGCUUAUGUUCUUAUACAUAGGCACGGGGUUCCUCAAGGAAGAGACAUAA